AGAGCCCCCAGGAUGUCAGGAUGGCACAGAAGAAAUAUCUUCAAGCAAAAUUGACCCAGUUUUUAAGGGAAGACAGGAUUCAACUUUGGAAACCUCCAUAUACAGAUGAAAAUAAAGAAGUUGGUUUGGCAUUAAAGGAUCUUGCCAAGAAGUACUCUGACAAACUAGAAUGUUGUGAAAAUGAAGUAGAAAAGAUAAUAGAAGAAAUACGUUGCAAAGCAAUUGAACGUGGGACAGGAAAUGAAAAUUACAAGACAACUGGGGUUGCUACAAUUGAGGUGUUUUUACCUUCAAGACUAAGAAAAGAUAGGAAAAACUUACUGGAGACCCGAUUGCACAUCACUGGCAGAGACCUGAGGUCUAAAAUAGCUGAAACCUUUGGAUUUCAAGAAAAUUACAUCAAGAUUGUCAUAAAUAAGAAACAGCUUCAACUAGGGAAAAGCCUGGAAGAGCAAGGAGUGACUCACAAUGUCAAGGCGAUGGUGCUGGAGCUGAAGCAGUCUGAAGAGGAUGUGCGGAAGAACUUCCAGGCAGAGGAAGAAGAACAGAAUGAGGCAGAACUAAAAGAAAAACGAAUUCAGAGGACAAAGAGAGGACUGGAGAUACUGGCAGAGAGAGCUGAGAUGGUGGUGGAUCCAGAAACCACACCGUACUUAGACAUAGCAAACCAGACAGGCAGGUCCAUCAAAAUCCCUCCGUCACAGAGAAAAGCCCUUAUGUUAGCUAUGGGAUAUCAUGAGAAGGGCCGAGCUUUCCUGAAAAGAAAAGAAUAUGGAAUAGCCUUGCCAUGCCUUUUGGACGCUGACAAAUAUUUCUGCGAGUGCUGCAGGGAGCUGCUGGACACCGUGGACAACUACGCUGUGCUGCAGCUGGACAUAGUGUGGUGUUACUUCCGCCUGGAGCAGUUGGAAUGCCUGGAUGAUGCAGAAAGAAAGCUAGACUUGGCCCAGAAAUGCUUUAAAAAUUGUUAUGGGGAAAAUCACCAGCGGCUGGUGCACAUAAAAGGCAACUGUGGGAAAGAGAAGGUGUUGUUUUUGAGACUCUACUUGCUUCAGGGGAUCCGAAACUAUCACAGUGGGAAUGGAGAAGAGGCCUGCGAGUACCUCAACAAGGCACGUCAGCUCUUUAAAGAGCUAUACAUCGACCCGUCAAAAGUACACAACUUGCUGCAGUUGGGGUUCACCGCCCAGGAGGCUCGGCUUGGCCUGCGGGCCUGCGAAGGGAAUGUGGAUCAUGCAGCCACGCAUAUUUCCAACCGCAGAGAGGAACUGGCCCAAAUCAGGAAAGAGGAGAAAGAGAAGAAGAGGCGUCGCCUGGAGAGCAUCAACUCUUUGAAGGGGAUGGGCUACCCCACACACGCAGCCAAGCACGCCCUCCAUCAGGCCGGUGGGAACCUGGACGAGGCUCUGAAGAUUCUCCUCAGUAACCCUCAGAUGUGGUUAAAAGAUUCAGAUUCUGAUACCAAUAGCCGAGAGAGCCCUUCCCAGGAAAGCAUUGACCAACUGGUAUACAUGGGCUUUGACACAGUCGUGGCCAAGGUCGCGCUGAAGGUGUUCAGGGGCAACGUCCAGCUGGCGGCUCAGACCCUCGCUCACCACGGAGGGAUCCUUCCUCCCGACCUGCAGCUCUCGGGGGAGGACUCCUCGUCCACCCCAUCCACGUCCCCCUCGGAUUCCGCAGGGACCUCCAGCGCCUCGACAGACGAGGACAUGGAGACAGAGGCUGUCAAUGAGAUACUGGAAGACAUUCCUGAGCACGAGGAGGAUUACCUUGACUCGACUCUGGAGGAUGAAGAGAUUAUUAUUGCAGAGUACUUGUCCUAUGUAGAAAAUAUAAAGUCAGCAGCAAAGAAAAACUAGUGAACAAAGAAGUACUAAGUUUCCGCUUAUAAAUUCUGUCAUUAUGAAAAGUCUCCUGCAGGUCUUCCUUUUGUUCUUGCUUUUCAUCUGAUUUUGCUGCAAGCGUGCUUCCUCCUCUGGGUACAGGAGGGGCGGAUGGGGACCCUCAUAGGCAAGGCCUGCGGGAGCCAGAGGCUGGUCCUGGGGAAGGCACUGCCUGGCUCCGCAGCCUGCUCUGCUUUCCCCUCUGCCUUCAGGUGUGCACCCUAACUCUGCCCUUUGCUUGAUUUUUCACCAAGUAGGAAGCAGGCUUGCUGCUGGAGAAGAGGGUGUCCCAGGAAGGUCUCAGGGGAAGGGGAGCAGCAGGGACUGUGACCAGACCUGUCUCCUCUUCCUGUCACCCACCUCCUGGGCAGCUUUUUGCUGUGCCUGCUGCUGAAGCUGUGGCCUCCCAGCCACGGUGUGGGCCCUGCUCCCCCCGCGUGCUCCCACACCACCAUCCCUCCUGCCCCACGGUCAGCCUUUACAUCUCCGUUCCAAGUGCUGUGGGGCAUAAAAACGAGGCACGGGCUGCAGUAGCCAGAUGAAAUUGUGGCAGACGCCUUUAUCCUGAAAUGUCAGUGUUUUGUGCUCUCAGUUCUGCAAAAUAUGCACUUGAAAUUCAAAGCUGAAAAUCAGACUUUAUGUAUUCAAAAUUCCUCAUACAAAAUCUUUUAUUAAAUGGGAAAGUUUUAAGUGCUAACCAAAGCAACUUAUUUUUAAUUAACAUUUUUAGACUCUGCUGUCAUAGGAAACUCGCUGUUAGCCAAGAGACCUAUCAGAGACUUAGAAAUAUUUUCCCAAGAUUUUGGUGGGGAUCUUUGUUGUAGCUUGUGACAGAAGACUCCCUCAAGCUGUGUGGUCAGCCUUCUGUCGGCUUUAAUAACUUCUCGCCAUGCUGCGUUCAUCUGGAGUGUGUGCUAGGGGAACACCCGGCAUCCAGGGUGCAGCUGGCAGCUGCCAGGUGGGGAGUGGAUCAAGUGCCAGGCAUGUUCCCUAAGCCCCUUCUAAAAGCAGCCAGAACACUCAGACGGCAGAAUGGGCCACAUGCUGCCUUCGGGUCUGACUGCGGAGGCUGCACCACAGUCUGGUUUGGAACGUGGGAAUCUUGUCUUUCUCUUUCAAUGGAUGGUACUGAUGGAAAUAAACAGUGGAAAAUACA